UGUUGCUCCAGUUGAGGUCCUGACUGGUGAGUCCCUCCUGCCAUGUCUACCUCUGAGAAGCGAGACCUGGCCCAACAUAGCCAGAGUGGAGUUUGUGACGGGGCAGCCCUGGACCCUGGAUUCAUCGGGAGUGCCUUGGUGCCUGAAGAAUGGGUGGCUGAAGCCGAGGCAGAGGUCGCCCCUGAGGAUUUCCAGGAGGCAAUAGAAGCUGUUUUGGAGGAGGAGGAAGAUGAGGCCUGGGUCCCCAUCGAGAACUUUUUUCAGCUAGUAGAAGAGGAGGAGGAGCUAGGAGAGGAGGAGGAACUGGGAGAGGAGGAGGAGCUGGGAGAGAAGGAGGAAGAAGAAUUUGAGGAGGAAAAGGAGGAGGAGGAAUUUGAGGAGGACGAGGAGGAGGGUGAAGAGGGGGAGGAAGAAGAAGAAGGAGAGGGGGAGGAAGAAGAAGAAGGAGAGGGGGAGGAAGAAGAAGGAGAGGAGGAGGAUUAUGAAGGAGAGGAGGAGGAUUAUGAAGGAGAGGAGGAGGUUUAUGAAAGAGAGGAGGAUUAUGAAGGAGAGGAGGAGGAUUAUGAAGGAGAGGAGGAGGUUUAUGAAAGAGAGGAGGAUUAUGAAGGAGAGGAGGAGGUUUAUGAAAGAGAGGAGGAUUAUGAAAGAGAGGAGGAGGACUAUGAAGGAGAGGAAGAGGACUAUGAAGGAGUGGAGGAGGGCUGUGAAGAAGAGGAAGAGGAUGAAGACAAAGAGGAGGACGAGGAGGAGGAUGAGGACAAGGAGGAGAAGGAAAAGGACAACAAAGAGGAUGCAGAAAUUGCUUGUGGCGCCUGUUCUGCUGAGCAUAGAGUAUGGGAUAUGGCUACUGAGGAUAAACUGGAAUACCUUUUCCAAGAAAGUCUCCCAAUGUCUGUAUUAUUCUUCUCUAAAGAAGCGGCUGAAUAUAAGUAUGAAAAUUCUGAUGAGGAGGCUCAAGAAGCUGGAGGCAAGAAGGAGAGAGAAGAGGAUGAAAAUGAAGAACUGGAAGAAGGACUUGAAAAGGAUCUGGACUCAGCAGAGCACAGCCCCUUCAAAAAAUCCAGCUUGGAGGCAGAGAAAUAAAUAGAUGGAGAAAGAAGAAAUUAAUUUCCUCUUCAUGGAUGUUCUAGUUUUCAGUAGCU